ACUAUUUUAACCAAGGUAUUAGAUUUUGAACCUAGCAAAGCCAAGUAUCGUUUUUCCUCCCCAAAACCCAUAUUCUCCUCUCUCUCAAGCAAAUUCUUCGCAAUGAGCAGAUCCGGGCAGCCUCCAGAUCUCAAAAAAUAUAUGGACAAGCAGCUCCAGAUCAAGCUGAAUGCCAAUCGCAUGGUCGUCGGUACGCUUCGUGGGUUUGAUCAGUUUAUGAAUCUAGUGGUUGACAACACUGUAGAGGUGAAUGGCAAUGAGAAAACUGAUAUAGGCAUGGUGGUUAUCAGAGGAAAUAGCGUUGUUACUGUUGAAGCACUUGAACCUGUAGCAGAAUGCAGUGAUUUCCGGUUCUUCGAUUGGAAAUGUGGAACUCACUUGAUGGUAUCUCAUUCACGUGCUGUUAUUUGGAACAUAGCUGCUAGCCUGCUGAUUUGGGCUUAGGGUAUUCUAUUUAAUUGAGAACUAAUCGAAGAUUAGACGGAUUUUCUUAGUUUAUGCUCUUUAUUUUCCUUUUCUUUACCUGAUGAAUUGACCUGGUUAUACCAAAUAGUUUUAAUGGAAUGGUGGAUU